AUGAUGUACAACCAAGGACGUAGUCAUUUGAAUUCAGACUCGAUGUCAUCAGAAACAUCCAAUGCAACAUCGAGAGGAACAACAUUUACUGGUUCUUUUAGUGAUAUCAAGAGUAAUACAACGCCUGAAUAUCAACCAAUAACAAGUGGCUUAGAUCAGUUAAAUAUUCAUUCGAUAGAAGAUGAUCAUUCUUCGGCUUUUUCAAGUACAGCUCCAAGUGUUAGUACUGUUAUCAAUAUGAAACUUGACAUGAACACAAUCAAAGAUAAUCGAUCCAAUGAAAUGAUUGCUCAUAAACAGCAAAAACCAUGGGUUAAUCCAUAUUGGGGUCCAAAUUGGAAGCCAAACACAACAGCAACUCAAUCAGAAGCGAAUACAAUCAAUAAAAAUACUAAUAUUCAAUAUUCUUCAGCGCCUACGGGUAUCCAUCAACUUAUUCCGGGUUCGAUAUUAAUUAAUGAUCAAGGUGAAAUUGAUGAUUUAUUAUGGAGUCAAAACACAUAUAUUCAAACAAUUUUAUCGAAUAAUCCAUUAAAUCCCACUGAUCAAUACAUAGUAUAUGAUAAUCCUGGUUCCGGUGGUUAUCUUGCACCAACACAUAUUCAACGUCGAAUUGUAACAUCAUCACCAGGAGUAUCUGCAAAUCCUGAAAGUCAUUUUGGUUAUAGACGAUCAAGUUCAUCAUCGAAUGCUGAUACUCGAAGUCGACCUGCAUUUAAUCGACAACAAACUUUUCCGGAGAGAACAGACAAUAACAUUCAACCAUGGGUCAAUCCAUAUUGGGGACCACAACCAAAUCAAACUAAUUCUCAAUUCACACAAAACAAUAACAGAAUUGGAAAUCAACAAUCAGUACCAUUAAAUAAUUCGACAAAAAAUACAUGGGUUAAUCCAUAUUGGGGUCCUAAACCAAAUCAAACUAAUUCUCAAUUCACACAGAACAAUAACAGAAUUGGAAAUCAACAAUCAGUACCAUUAAAUAAUUCAACAAAAAGUACAUGGGUUAAUCCAUAUUGGGGUCCUAAACCUUCUGAAAAAUCAACACCAUCGACUGGAAUUCAAAAACCUCAAAUUUCAACAAUACCCAAACAGGACAAUUGGCAAUUUCAGAAUCCCUAUUUGAAAGAUAAAAAUGCAUUCGAUCAAAACAACAAUGUUAAUACAUUGGACAUACCAUUACCAUGUGAGUUNCAAACGUCAUAG